UGCAUCGCACCCAUAGUGGUUACGGCGUGCUUAAUACCGCGUGACUUUCCACACGGUGGCUUAGCCACCGGGCUUCGCAAGCUUGCGGAUGGCGUCAAAACUCAACUCCGUCCGCGGUGCUGUAAAUGCAAGUCCGAUCGCAGGCUCAGUCAGUAUAGUGCAAUGACACCGCACACUGAAUGCUGCGGCAAUUGUUGAGCGGAAGCAGGUGCGACUGAGGCGUAUGGUGCAUUAUAACAUCAACGAGCAACCGCACAUUCCACAAUGGGUUUCCUCCACCAUGAACGCUGCCAUCGUCCUCGACAGCGGCGGUCACAAUAUCGCCUUCACCAAUCUUGACGAGAUCAGUGGCAAAGUGAUUCUGCACUGUUCGAAAAGCGUCGACAUACAGAGCAUACUUGUGAAGCUGGAAGGAGAAAGCCGUACUCGCCUGCUCUCUCCUGGAGGUGGACCAAAUGACGAGAAGCCGACACCACAGAUAGAGUACCACAAGAUCCUCUACAGGGUACAAAUGGCCUUUCCGCAAACCGCAGUACUGGAAUCACGAACCUGGUCCAAUUCUGUAAAGUCCUCGUCCACCAUGCCUCCAGGUGAACAUGAAUUUCCUUUCCGUUUCAAGAUACCAUUCAACAACUCAUGUGCGACGGACAGAAGCACCAUGCCCAGUGUGAGUGUGUCCAGUAUAGGUCUCGAGGUUGCAAAACCGGCAUCACGGCACGUGAAGAGGACGCUACCUCCAACGCUCAGUGGCUUCCCAGGCGAGGCCGAAAUCAGAUACUUCGUCAAGGCUACGGUAGCGCGGCAAUCCUUCUUCAAAGGCAGCGUGAGAGCGUAUACGCCGUUCAACUUCUUCCCUAUCGAGCCACCCAGACCGCCAAUGCAUGGCUCGGAGGUUUUCGCACGGCAAAGGCACACGUUCAGCGCUUACGCUGGCGGCGAAGUGCCAAAGGUGAAAGGCAAGGGCAUCUUCGGCAUGAAGAAGGGAGCGCCAUUACCUACCGCGUCAGCGCCUCCAACAAUAAGCAUUGACGUUCGUCUACCGGAGCCUGCCAUCUUGACUUGCAAUCAAGCAAUACCGCUUCGACUAAUUGCGAAGAAGUUAAGCAGCCACGCGGAGACGGUCAUGCUUCAGUCGUUACAGAUCUCUCUGCUGGGAUAUACCAACGUGAGAGCGCACGGAGUUCACCGCACAGAGACCAACAGCUGGGUAAUCAUGAGCAGGAGUAACCUUGCUAUUCCCAUCGGCUUACCCACCGAUGCCGUCGACACAGAGACUGUGCUCGAUGACCGCAUGUGGAACGAUCAGAAGCUGCCAAACACGGUCGCUCCUUCCUUUGAGACGUGUAACAUAUCGCGAACUUACCAGCUGGACGUAAGGAUAGGGUUAAGCUAUGCAGGCACUCAGCAGAGUGGGCACAAGGUACGCAAAGAUGUCAUUCCACGUAUUCCACAGAACAUUGCGCUGCCUUUGCGGCUGGACUGUCAGGUGUACUCCGGCAUUACACCGCCGCCUCAGCUUUUGGAAGCAAUGGCGCAGGCGAAAGCCAACAUUCGCCGACCUUCUCUUGUAGCUGAUGCAGCUUCCGAGAAGCUCAAGACUGACGGCCGUAAGCCUUCGACAGCCGCAAACCACGUCCCACCAACACCCGUGGACGCAGAAACGGUACGGCCGUCUGCACCGCCAGAGCUGCCUGCUCGGCCGGGAACCGUCUCAGCUCCAGAGUCGCAGCAGCCGCCAAUGUAUAGUGAUGCGCCGCCGAGCUAUGAAGACGCCAUUGCAAGUCAUCUGCCACCUGUUGAUGCGCCUCGGCCAGAAUAUGCGCCUCCUCCAACCACCAAUGAUGUUAUGCUCAGGGGAGAUGAGAAGAAGGGCUGGGUGGAUUAAUGAAUAGAUCGACUCUAUCCUCGUUGGGUGUGGAAUGAGCCUGACGCAGCACUGAGUGGCAGAUAACCAGCGAUAGUAGGUAUAAUUGAUAAGUUCACUUGCCUAGGGC